AUGCAGCCUGAAAAGCAUUCUCAUUCUACAAGCAAGGACGAAGAUUUGGAAUCAGUGGUACGAGUGGUGAUUGCUUCCACGUACUCACCCUGGGUGAUUGUAGAAGAGAUAUGUGAAACUCACAUCACGGGGCGAAAAGCAUGCGGUCUUAUAGGCAUGUUGGGAGAGAAGUAUGUCAAUGGGACAAACACUGUGAAGAUAUGUGUAUAUGGCUAUGCCAUUGAUCUAUUGAAUCGUUUGAGAAAAAACCUUAACUUUGAGGCUGUUAUUUACACCUCAAGAGACGGGAGAUAUGGAUCUUAUGACUUGGAAACGGGUGAAACUGACGGGAUUCGAGACAGCUUUGAUGAAUCGAGUAUAUUUGGCCCUUUCAGUGACAACCUUUGGUUUGGAAUUAUUGGACUUAUAGCAGGGCUUGUUGUGACCAUUUAUAUCACAGAACAUGUCAGUCCUUACAGUGGAUUCCAAAUUAAAAAGCGAUCUUUUGAUGACAUAAAAGACUUUGGAGCGUUUGACAGUACAACGUACGUAUGGGGCACCUUAUUUACAGGCGAAAUAAUUGAAAAGAAACCGAAAUCAUCUGGAAGCCGGACAAUGGUACUUGCUUUCUCUUUUGUAUCCGUUGUUAUCAUAUCGGCAUAUUCUGGAAACCUCAUCACCUACCUGGUAGUACUGGAUGAAAGACCUCCAGUCUCAGGAUUGUUUGUUCCGAAGCUAAUCGGGAAUGUAAAGACAAUGACAGUUGGGAUCCUUGAAAGUUCAUAUGCCGAGGGAUUUCUCAAAGCGCAUUCAGAUUCGAGAGUUAAAAACCUUUACAACAGGGUGAAACUUUGCAACAGUCUGGAAGACUGUAUCAAGAGAUUAAAGAAAAAGGAGAUAGAUUUAUUGGUUCAAGACGGCCCAACUUUAAGACAUCUGGCAUCCACCUUGAACUACCAGAACACGACCUUGCAAUGGGAACCGUCGCACGCAAAAGUUGGUCAUGGAGGAGAAGGAUCAACACAGCUAUCACUUAUAUGACUCUUUCUGGGGAAAUUGACUUCCUAAUUGGUAAAUGGUUUAGACACACACAUUGCAAUAAAUCAACCACUUUUUCUAGACUCGAUAUUAAGAGAAUGCAACCUCUGUUUAUCUUGCUCGCUGGCUUUGUUGCUGGGUGCUUUCUUCUGAGUGUGACUUUGAGAAUUGCAAGCAAGUUGAACAAAAGAAGAAGACGUAACAGAGAAGACGUAAAUGAUCCAAUUUGAACAUAACAACAUAAAAAACAAUGCCGAAAAUAGGAGAAUCAUUUAUUCAUGUUUUGCAAGGGGUCUGUUAGGCCUACUAUUUGUGCUUUCUUUCCUUGAAAGCAGAAGGGAGAGUGCUGACGUUCUCUUAAUGUAAAAUUCACUCAGCAAUAAAAUCUACGAUUUGUUUACUGAAAUUCCCGUGGAAUAGAAUGUGACUGACUGCGUUUUUAGAUUAAAUAUCAGAAAUAAUCAACCAGUCUUAUUGUUGCACCUACCGCCUUAUCCUUGUUGUAUAACUCAGUCUUCUAAAAUACCCAUUGGAAUAGCAUGAAAGUAACAAAAAUACGUCCUUAAAAAGGACAUUGCGGCAGAAGCUUAUUUUGUGAUAAAAGUUAAGUAAAUAAGUCUUUUUAAUUCUUGAAUUAUAUAUUUUAUUGCAAAUACUAUUUAAGUUUUUAAUUUGUAUAUAUAAAAAAAUUCAAUGAUUUUAUUUGAUGUUGCAUUACUUGCCAAAUAACCGUUUCAAAGAAUCAAAAUAUAGUGAAAUCUGUACAAUAAUUGCGUUCUCAAUUUUUAUUUAAACAUAUUGUAGCCUUGGAUCUGAGAAAAAACUAUUUUCUCAUAUAAACACGUAAAUCAACUCAUAUCCUAGUGAGGAGGCAAAUGUUAUUGUAAAUCUGAUGAAAUUCGUUCCUAUAAAUGUUCUGUUAUUCUUACAAUAUACGAAAAAUACCAAAGAAUUCUUGUGUUGAAAGAAUUAGGCCUUUUUCAUAGAAGAAGCUACUUUUCAGGUCAGCUGUAUCAACUAGAAAACAAACUUCUAAACUUCUACAUGAGCGUUGCAUCAAAACAAUAGCUUUUACAGGGCCAGAAAAUCAACAAUAGUCUUAACAAAAGUUUAAACAAUUCGUUCAGUUCGCUUUAUAACAGCCUGCUCACUUUCUUUUAUACUAACUUUUCAGCUUUAAUUAAGUUACAGAUAACACUUUAACGGUCUACACCAUUUAAACAAACUAAUUUUAACGAGUCCAAUCUUUCGUCGCACCAAGCUUUAUUAAUUUCAACUGGCAUUAGAAUCUCACAUAUGCAUAACUUCUUGCUAUGAUGCAGCCAUGCCCACUUUGUUUAAUGCCAAUGACAUGCCUAUUGGUGAUAAAGGUUUUUCUUGCUAUGUAUCUUCAAUGUAUUUUAUAUUUUGUAAAUCUUAAUAUCUAACAUUCGAAGGUAGAUUUUAGCAAACUGACAAGCUGUCCUUAUCGAGCAGUGUCCUGGUCCUCCCUCUCGAUGUGACAACACCUCGUGAUUCCUACGCCUGGAAUUACAGAGAGCUGGCAGCUCUCCUCACUCUGAGUGAAAGUUUUGUCAUGCCAGGGACCUGAACCAUAUUCCUUAAGAUUUGUAAUUCUGCGACCCUAGCAACAGAGUUAUCCUCACAACCAUGUAUAGAAAUAUAAAUUGUUACUAUGUAUGAAUAAACUUUUCCAAGUUUGACAUUUUUAUAGAAAUGCAAGUCACAAUCAUAACAAAUCAAACAAGCAAAACUGCAACUUAAUUGAAUGAUGACCA